AAAAAAACCUUCAGAUAUAGUGAAACACACGAAUGGUGAAGAAGGGUCGCAUACUCGCGUCCACCCUUCGUGUGUACUAUUUAGUACAAUCUUGAUUUGGAACCUGCCCAAAAUAAAUAAUAAUCUCUUCAUUAGGAAAUGUGAAUCCAACUCGGAUAUUUUUUCCCAAAAAGCUAAGAAUGAGAUCGCAAAAUCUGGCCCGAGUCAAAUUGAUGCGUGGCAGAAAGCGUUACAUCCCAUUGAGCUUUAGAGGGAACACAGACAAAACCAGAGAGUUUUCAGAAAGCUCAUCUCAAAAUCAGUGAUAUAUCAUUUCUUGUUAGCAUCGUGGAGUUCUACGUUUACUUUUUUUUUUCUUCUGAAUCUCCCUGAAUUACAAACCCAUCUCAGCUUUUUCAGCAAAGUUUGAAUUCCGUGUGAGAUUUUCAACAAAAAAGAGAGGGAAUUGAAGGAGAUAUUGAUGAUCAGAAAAUGAAGUUCUGCAAGAAAUACCAGGAGUACAUGCAAGGCCAAGGGAAGAAGCUACCUGGGGUUGGCUUCAAGAAGCUUAAGAAGAUCUUGAAGAAAUGCCGCAGAGAUUUUCAGUCCGGAAAUGACAUUAAUAAUCAUGCCGUACAUGAUCCCAGAACAUGCCCUGACCAUUGCCCAGUGUGUGAUGGGUCGUUUUUCCCUUCACUGCUCAAUGAAAUGUCUGCAGUGGUAGGCUUUUUUAACCAGAAGGCACAGAAAUUGCUCGAGUACCAUUUGGCUUCUGGGUUUCGCAAGUACAUGCUUGUGUUCAAAGGCAAGCCUCGAGGAAACCAUGUUGCCUUGAUCCAAGAAGGCAAGGACCUUGUCACUUAUGCUCUCAUUAACGCCAUUGCGAUUCGAAAAAUACUCAAGAAAUAUGAUAAGAUUCAUUACUCAAAGCAAGGGCAGGCCUUUAAGUCACAAGCGCAAAGUAUGCACAUUGGAAUUCUUCGAAGUCCUUGGCUUUGUGAGCUUAUGGCUUUCCACAUCAAUUUAAGGCAAUCGGAGAUCAAGUCGGGGAAGAGACCGGCAUUGUUUGAGGGAUGCUCUCUUACAAUGAAUGAUGAGAAGCCGUCUCUCACCUGUGAGCUCUUUGAUUCGGUCAAGGUUGAUAUUGACUUGACAUGUUCUAUAUGCCUGGACACAGUUUUUGAUCCAGUUGCUCUCACUUGCGGUCAUAUAUUCUGCUACUUAUGUGCUUGCUCGGCUGCAUCAGUGACCAUUGUCGAUGGGUUAAAGGCUGCUGAGCCUAAAGAAAAAUGCCCUUUAUGCCGAGAGGCAAAAGUUUACCAAGGUUCUGUACACCUAGAAGAGCUUAGCAUUUUACUCAGCAGAAGCUGCCGCGAAUACUGGGAGCAGCGGAUUCAGACAGAAAAGGUGGAGAGGGUUCGGCAAGCAAAGCAGCACUGGGAAUCACAGUGCCGGGCAUUCAUGGGCGUUUGAUGUGAUUAACUAGUUAAUUCAUUUUAGAGCUAGGCUUAGCUUGUGAAAAUCCACUAACUUCUUGUUUUUGGAUGUUGCUCUGCUUACUUCUUCCCCUGUAGUCUUAUUGAUUUUCUUUUAUCUCAAUUGUUUUUGAGGUGCUUAAGGUUAUUCCCAUUUGCAUUACUUAACAUCUGUACUUCUUUCUGUCGUGUAAUGGCAACAAAAGAAGCUAGCUUCUUGUCCCGACUUGCAAGAAUCGCAGGUUCUGAAGCUGUCAUAGUCAUCCUCAGUAGUCCUUUAAUUUCAGCGCCCUUUUGAUUGUGUAAUUGUACUGUGUCAUUCUAGAGUUAAUUAUCUAGCAUAUGAUUUUGUUC